UCGGAAACAAGAACAUGUUAUGAUCAAACUCCUCUCACUUUCUCUUCCAGUCUUCCUCUCUCCUUACAUCCGAGCUCUAAUGGCCUCCAAGAGAACACUUCUCCUCUGCCUGCUCCUCUUGUCGCUGUGUCUCUCUGUCUCCACCAUCUCGAGCCGUGGAGUUCGCCUCGUGCUGACGCAUGUCGACACCCGCGCCGACCUCACGGGGGUUGAGCGCGUCCGCCGCGCCGCUGACCGGAGCCACCGCCGUGUGAACGGCCUCCUCGCCGCGGUCGCGCCCUCCACAGCGAAGACGCUGCGGAGCGACAGUGGUACGUCAGCCACGGCGGCCGUGCACGCGAGCACGGCGACGUACCUCGUCGACCUUGCCAUCGGCACGCCGCCGCUCCCGCUCACGGCGGUACUCGACACGGGCAGCGACCUCAUCUGGACGCAGUGCGACGCGCCGUGCCGGCGGUGCUUCCCGCAGCCCACGCCGCUGUACGCGCCGGCCAGGUCCGGGACCUACGCCAACGUGUCGUGUGGCUCCAAGCUCUGUGAGGCGCUCCCGAGGUCCUCCCGCUGCUCUGCCCAGGAGCCGCGCUGCGGAUACGACUACUCCUACGGCGACGGCAGCUCCACCGACGGCGUCCUCGCCACGGAGGUGUUCACGUUGGGUUCGGGAACAACCGUCCACGCCCUCGCCUUCGGAUGUGGCACCGACAACCUCGGCGGCACUGACAACUCCUCUGGCCUGGUCGGGAUGGGGCGGGGGCCGCUGUCUCUGGUGUCUCAGCUCGGCGUCACCAAGUUCUCCUACUGCUUCACGCCCUUCAACGACACGACGACCGCCAGCCCCCUCUUCCUAGGCUCGCUGGCGAGCCUCUCGUCCAUGGCCAUGUCCACGCCAUUCGUGCCGAACCCCACGGGCGCGCGGAGGAGCUCCUACUACUACCUCUCACUGGAAGGGAUCACCGUCGACGACACCCUGCUGCCGAUCGACCCGACCGUGUUCCAGCUGACCGCGUCGGGCCGUGGCGGGCUCAUCAUCGACUCCGGCACGACGUUCACGGCGCUGGAGGAGCGCGCAUUCGUGGUGCUAGCCCGCGCUGUUGCGUCACGGGUGGCGCUGCCACUCGCCAGCGGCGGGCACCUGGGCCUUAGCCUCUGCUUCGCGGCGCCCGAGGGGCGGGGACCCGAGGCGGUGCACGUGCCCCGCCUGGUGUUCCACUUCGACGGUGCUGACAUGGAGCUGCCGCGGGGGAGCAUCGUAGUGGAGGACCGGCGCGCCGGUGUGGCGUGCCUCGGGAUGAUGAGCGCGCGGGGCAUGUCCGUGCUCGGCAGCAUGCAGCAGCAGCAUAUGCACGUCCUGUACGACCUCGAGAGGAGCGUCUUGUCCUUCGAGCCCGCCAACUGCGGCGAGCUCUAGGACUGGCGGUGAUUCGUCGAUCUUGAGCCCAUUUGUGUGCUGAUAAGGGCAUUUUGCAGCUGAGUUACACUGUGAUUUUUGGGAAGAGAUUGUUGUAAGAUUGAAGUUCCGCGCAUUCUCGUCUAGUUACAACAUGGCAUCAACAAUAAUAAUUAUUGCUACUAGCUAGACUUAUCUAAAACAGUAAAUGUUGU